AAUCUCAACUGCCAAACACAACCCACAAAAACCAACCCUAUACUUCUGGCUCUCACUCAGUCAUUCCUCAAACAAAAUGACUUCCUCCAUUGUCUUCAAGUCCUUCACCGGACUCCGUCAUUCCUCCGCUGCAGAACCACCCAAAUUCCACUCCCAAGCCACCGCCAUUUCUCCUCCCAACCACCACCGCCGCUUACAAAUAACGGCCAGCAAAUUCAGCCCCAAGCUUCAAAACCGCAACCUUCGAGUUGCCAUAGUCGGCGGUGGCCCUGCCGGUGGAGCAGCCGCUGAGACUCUGGCGAAAGGUGGUAUUGAGACGUACCUAAUCGAACGCAAGCUCGACAACUGCAAGCCAUGCGGCGGAGCUAUUCCUCUUUGCAUGGUUGGCGAAUUUGACCUUCCGUUGGACAUCAUUGACAGGAAAGUGACCAAAAUGAAGAUGAUUUCACCUUCUAACAUCGCCGUCGACAUUGGACAAACACUGAAACCUCAUGAGUAUAUUGGGAUGGUGAGGCGCGAGGUAUUGGAUUCUUACUUGCGAGAGAGAGCAGCAAGUAAUGGGGCUAAAGUUAUUAAUGGAUUGUUCUUAAAAAUGGAUAUUCCAAAGGGUGGUAGGGGCAGCGACACUGCACCGUAUGUCUUGCAUUAUACAGAAUACGAUGGGAGGAAAGGCGCGACAGGUGAGAAGAAGACUCUAGAAGUUGAUGCGGUGAUUGGCGCUGAUGGCGCCAAUUCUCGUGUUGCCAAGUCCAUUGGUGCCGGUGAUUAUGACUACGCCAUUGCUUUUCAGGAGAGAAUCAGAAUCCCAGAUGAAAAAAUGGUGUACUAUGAGAACCUAGCAGAAAUGUAUGUUGGUGAUGAUGUUUCACCAGACUUCUAUGGAUGGGUUUUCCCCAAAUGUGACCACGUAGCUGUUGGAACUGGCACAGUGACUCACAAAGGGGAUAUCAAGAAAUUUCAAUCAGCUACAAGAAACAGAGCCAAAGACAAGAUUCUUGGAGGCAAGAUAAUUAGAGUUGAAGCGCAUCCAAUACCAGAGCACCCCAGGCCACGCAGACUAUUAAACAGAGUAGCAUUAGUAGGUGAUGCAGCAGGGUAUGUGACAAAAUGCUCGGGCGAAGGCAUUUAUUUUGCUGCAAAGAGUGGAAGAAUGUGCGCGGAAGCAAUCGUUGAAGGUUCAGAGAAUGGAAAGAGAAUGGUAGAUGAAAGUGAUCUGAGGAAGUAUUUGGAAAAAUGGGAUAAGACUUAUUGGCCUACUUACAAGGUUUUGGAUGUGUUGCAGAAAGUUUUCUAUAGAUCGAACCCAGCAAGAGAAGCAUUUGUGGAGAUGUGUGCAGAUGAGUAUGUGCAGAAGAUGACAUUUGAUAGCUAUUUGUAUAAGAGGGUGGUUCCUGGAAAUCCUUUGGAUGAUAUUAAGUUGGCCUUGAAUACAAUUGGAAGCUUGGUUAGGGCUAAUGCUCUUAGAAGGGAAAUGGAUAAGCUCAGUGUAUGAGUAAGAACAUGUAAUUAAAUUUUUAAUUAACCACCACCCACUUGUUUGAGAAAGAGAAACUAUGCUAGCUUUUAUUUGUUUUUUCCCCGUCUUGUGUACUAUAUUUAUAAUUUUGCAUAAUUGAUUAGCAAAAUUAUCACAUUCUAUUAUUGUUGUGUUUUUAUCAAGCAAGCUUUGUCUAGGGAUUGAACUUGCAA